AUGUUGUUCGCACUGAGCGGUUGUAUGUGGAUUUCGGAACUGAGCAUUUCCAGGAUACGCAAUUCAAUUUAUUCCCAGAAAAAAAUAACAAUUCCUAGCUUUUGCAUGAACCUAGAGUACAGCAUCUCUCGUGGAUUAUGGUUUUCCCAUGCUUUUCAUCGGAUUUCCUGUCUUCAUAAGGGUCCAUACCUUCUUGAUCUCACUAACUGA